GUGUGCCUGUUUAUGUAGCUUCUCCAUAAUGCCAAAACUUGGGAGUUUCAAGAUCAAGGCCUUUAUUUCUCUUUUAUGGACCAUCUCCUUUGCUGCACUUAUAGGCGCUAUCAAUACCAAGAACUUCCAUUUCAAAGAAGCCCCAAAAUUCUACAACUCCCCAACUUGUCCUUCUCUUCACUUCUCCUCCACCGACACAAAUAAUGCUACCAUCAAAUCCACCUCCAACGGAAUUUGCUUUGAAAAUGCAGUAAAUGUAGCCAUGACUCUUGAUGCAGCUUAUCUUCGGGGGUCAAUGGCUGCGAUUCUUUCUGUUCUUCAACACUCUUCUUGCCCUGAAAAUGUUAUCUUCCACUUCGUUGCUUCUUCCUCCGCUGACACUAAUUAUCUCAACAUCACAAUUGCUAAUUCAUUCCCUUAUCUUCAUUUCACAAUUUAUCCCUUCCAAGAUUCCGGUGUGGCAGGUUUAAUAUCUACAUCCAUUCGCGCUGCUUUAGAUUGUCCUCUAAAUUAUGCUCGAAAUUACCUCGCUGAUCUUCUUCCUCGAUGUAUCCAAAAGGUUGUGUACCUGGAUUCAGACCUUGUUCUCGUAGACGACAUUGCCAAGCUGGCAGCAACACCUCUAGGUGAAGAAGCAGUUCUAGCAGCACCAGAAUACUGCAAUGCAAAUUUCACUACUUAUUUCACCCCCACUUUCUGGUCAAACCCUUCACUUUCUUUGACUUUCGCGAACCGAAAGCCUUGUUAUUUCAACACGGGUGUUAUGGUCAUUGAUCUUGAAAGAUGGAGAGCUGGAGAUUACACAACAAAGAUUGUAGAAUGGAUGGAACUUCAGAAGAGAAUGAGGAUUUAUGAAUUGGGUUCGUUACCACCUUUUCUGCUUGUUUUUGCUGGAAAUAUAGCUCCAGUGGAUCAUAAGUGGAACCAACAUGGUCUUGGAGGAGAUAAUUUCCGAGGUCUCUGCCGGAAUUUGCACCCUGGUCCAGUGAGCCUAUUGCACUGGAGUGGUAAAGGGAAGCCGUGGGUUCGGCUCGAUGCGAGCCGGCCUUGUCCAUUAGAUACCCUCUGGGCACCUUAUGAUCUUCUGCAAACACCUUAUGCUCUUGAAUCAUAAGAUAUCCCAGAAGUUGGAGCACAAGACAGAGUAUAGAGAUCUGUAUCUUGAGAUCCUCCUCGAUUGUGUUGUGUACAGUAGUAAGCUAGCGUUUCUUUUUAUUGAACGGGAAUGACUAAGGUGAGGGCUGUUUCUUGUACGUAUAUUGGAGUGCACAGUUGUUGGGAAUUUUACUUUGCUAUACUUAUUAGAUCGAGGAGUACUAUUUUUGAAUAUCCAGUGAGGUGAAAACAGUAAAUGACACUAAAGUUUACAUGAGAGAA